AUGUGGAUGGCGUUAACGACGGCGACAAUACCCAGCACGUUCCCGGCAGGUAUUUUCGGACACAUUUUGCCGCCCAACUCUACGAAGCGGUUGCAACAGAGACCAAGGUCAUGCUGA